AUGGGAGUUGUUAACGAAGUGCAGAUGGAUAAGCCCGAUUCAGAGCCGCGAGUUUAUGCUAAACGAUGGGCAAUUCUCAUUAUGUUCAUCUUUCUCAGCGCAUCGAAUGGCGCUCAGUGGAUCAUGUACUCGGUCAUUGCACAGAUUGUCUCCGACUUUUAUGGAGUCAGGUGAAC